AUGGAGGCCUACAAAGUCCCGGAGGCGAUUUUCCGUCGCGGGAUCGUAAAGCCUGAAGAUGGCGGCGAUACACACCGCCUGUUGCUGCUCGCAACUGAAGUCAAUGAGCAACACGAAGACACAGCUGUAGAGCUUACUGACCUUCCGGAUGAUGUCAAAACUUUUGUGCAUGCAACAAAUGCACAAGAGGACCCGACGCCCGCCGCCGAGGCAGAGCCCCCUUGCUCGCGAGUCUCACUGACCACGCACCAGGUGCACCUCGACUACGCGUCUUUCUCGGCGGAAGAGGUGCUCAGGCAGGUGUUCGCCCCGCUUCGUCUCGAGGCCCCUACGUCCUUCGAAACCGUCGACCACGUUGCGCACCUCAACCUCCGCGACGCGCACCUCCCUUACAAAAGGCUCAUCGCCCAAGUCAUUCUGGACAAGAACGCGCCCCGCAUCCGCACGGUGGUGAACAAGCUCGGGAGCAUUCAGACCCAGUACAGGACAUUCCCCCUGGAGGUCCUCGCGGGCGAGAGCGAUUUGAACGUGUCCGUGCGAGAGGCGGGUGCCACUUUCCGGUUCAAUUUCGCCGAGGUGUACUGGAACAGCCGGCUCUCCACCGAGCACGCGCGCUUGGUCAACGCCGUUGUCGCCCAUUUCCACGCCAGCCGCCCGAGGGUCCCCCUCGCCUCCUGCGUCGUCUGGGACGUGUUCGCCGGCGUGGGCCCGUUCGCCAUUCCCUUGGGCCUGAGGGGCUGCGUCGUGCACGCCAACGACCUCAACCCUCGCUCCCACCACUACCUCGUCGACAACAUCGCUCGCAACAAGGUGGGCGCCUACGUGACGCCCUACAACCGGGACGGGCGGGACUUUUUGAGGGAGCGAGCGCGGCAACACCAACCCGUGGACCACAUCAUCAUGAACCUCCCGGCCACCGCGCUCGAAUUCUUGGAUACUUUUGCCGCGGAGAGGGAGGAAACCGCAGGCGAAGAGGAGGGAAGGUCCCGAGGGCUCUUCGAUUACCUGGAAGCGCGACCCAUCGUGCACGCAUACUGCUUCAGCAAAGCCGAGGAUCCCACAGCGGAGGCCCUGGCGCGCGCCUCCGCGAUACUCGGAUGUGCGCUCGUGAAUGGCAAAAACGGGUUUAACUUCAGUCGCAAGAGAGCGAUGGAAAGCGAGAGGGAAAAGGAAGGGCGCGAGGACACGGUGGACAUGGUGCAGAAACGAAGCAAGGGUGUGGGGGAUGGGACGUGA